AUGAGGGAAUUCCCCACUGAAGCAGGAGAGGAUAGCAGCAGGUGGUACGGAGUAUCUAGUAGUAGGGAUGCCUACUCCAAACCGAUAGUGGAGGGUGAUAGAUGGCCAAUGAUAAGACUGAUUACUAGAGAACGAUUGACCCAAUCAAAGACCGGCUGGAGAGGCACUGAAGAUGAUGAUAGGUAUGUGCGGAGCCGUAAGGCACACGGUGUUCAGGCCGAAGCCUGGCAGGAUAAGAAGCGAAUAAGACCGAGUGCUUCUCGGAGUGGAGGUGCCGGCCAGGAUCUCAAUUCUCAAGACGAAGACAUGGCAUUAAAUUUCAGAUCCUGUAUCACCGAGUCAGUAAUGAUCACCCACAAUAGCUGUAAGUUAUUCCUGGGUCUUGCCUACUUUCGUACUGGUGCUGCCCACAUGGCUGAGCAGAAAGCCGUCACCUGGAACUGUUUUUCAGGGUCUUGA